CCGCUUAGAUACUAAGAUUGGCCCCUGAAUCGAAUCAGGAUAUUUAAAUCAUUUUUAAGUACAAUAAAUUUAAAUUGUUUGUUCAAAUUCUGGGGAAAUUGACAGAUUGUCGUGGGAUAUUGAUUGAAUCACUAAUCAGUCCCUCGUCUUUUUAAAUUUACGUACAAUAUUUUGUCAAUUCGUUCAUUUUAUUUAAUUCUUUUCAAGUUAAGAUAUCUCUGAGCCUUCGCAAUGGGUCGCGUUAUUAGAAGUCAGAGGAAGGGUAGAGGGUCCGUUUUCAAGGCCCAUACACAUAAAAGAAAGGGAGCCGUCAAACUCCGCAAGUUGGACUAUGCGGAAAACCACGGCUACGUCAAGGGUGUUGUGAAGGAUAUAGUUCACGAUCCCGGUAGGGGUGCUCCCCUCGCAAAGGUUGCUUUUAGGAAUGCUUACAAGUUCGGCACUGACACUGAGCGCCUAAUUGCAGUAGAGGGUAUGUAUACUGGUCAAUUUGUCUAUUUCGGUACUGGAGCAUCGCUAUCUAUCGGAAACUGCUUGCCUCUCUCAAAAAUGCCAGAGGGUACUAUCAUUAGCAGCCUUGAAGAAAAGAGGGGUGACAGAGGUCGCUUGGCCAAGACAUCUGGUACUUAUGCAACUGUUAUUGGUCACUCUGAUGAUGGCAAGCUAACCAGAAUCAGACUCCCAUCCGGCACCAGAAAAACCAUUAGCUCCUCCGCAAGAGCUGUAGUUGGUUGUGUUGCUGGCGGUGGCAGAAUUGACAAGCCAUUGCUCAAGGCUGGUGUUGCCUAUCACAAGUAUAAGGCCAAGCGCAACUGCUGGCCAAAGGUUAGAGGUGUUGCUAUGAACCCAGUUGAGCAUCCUCAUGGUGGUGGUAACCAUCAGCAUAUUGGUCAUCCAUCCACUAUCUCUAGAUUGGCUCCUCCUGGUCAAAAGGUCGGUCUUAUUGCUGCUCGCAGGACUGGUCUAUUGAGAGGAAGUAAGAAAAAGAAGUUUGCCAAGGGAGACUUCUAG